GCGUUCACAGCGAUCGGCGUACAGCCGGGACCACAACAGGGACAGCUGAUGCCUGUGAUGGCCGACCAAAACACACUUAUGGCACCACAACAUCUACCCCAAGCACAGCCAGUGCCACCGCCCCACUCCCUACCACCCCAUCCCAGUCCUAUGACACAUCCAAUGCCGCCGAAUGCGGUUCUGCCACAACCACCAACUGGUGUUUGUGAACCUAAUAGAGAGGAAACUCCAAACAUGUAAACCAAGCGUUGGCUUCAAAUUUGAUAUUUCCUUCAUUUCUCAAUAAUUUAUUAUUUAAUACAACUGUUUAUAAUU